AUGCUUGCUAUACUCCUGCUUCCCCUCCUCCCUUCCAUCCUGGCCCUACCCACUGCCCCUCUCCGAACCCGCUCUUCCUCUUCCAACACAUCCACAUCCACAUCCCCAAUCGAAUACCUAACCUCCUCUUGGCCUUCCACCCCCUUCACCCACCUCUCCACCUUCUCCCCAUGGCACCCUUCCCCCGGUGCUCACGGCAUCCCCUCCUCUGAUCUACCUGAGGAGUGCUCUCUGGAUAUGGUGCAGGUGUAUAUGCGGCAUGGGGAGAGGGAAGCGACGGGGAAGAAGCAGAAGGGGAUUGCGGCUGCUGCUGAGAAGAUUGCUGGGGAUUGGGAUUGGGCAACGGAUGAUGAGAAUCUCAAGUACCUAUCGACAUGGACGUGGACAGAGCCGACUGCUUAUCUCUUGCCGUUGGGGUCGGCGACGGCUUUUGCUGCUGGCGUCGCUUUCCAAAACAGGUAUAAGAGCCUUCUUCCGGACUAUGCAUACUUCAACUGGACCGGGGUAGACAACAUCCCAGUCCGAUCAACCCCUGUACUGAGAAGAACUGUACAGGACGAAGAAAGAGUCCACCACACCGCCCAAUCCUUCACCUCCGGCUUCCUCGGCCCCAACUACCUUUCCCGCUCUACCUGGCAAAUCACCCCCGACUCCGACUCUUCCUUCAACUCUACCCUCUCCCCUCACAACUGCCCGGCUUUAGACACGGUCUCUUACUCCUCCUCAGACACAUUCAACGAUUACUUCCUCCCCAAAGUUCUUGAGAGAUUGAAUCCGCUCUUACCAGAGGGGCUCAAUUUGACGGAGAAAGAGGUGCAGGGGUUGAUGAAUGCUUGCCCGUUUGAUUCGUUUAGGCUGCAGAGACCGUCUCCGAUUUGCGGGCUGUUUACGGAGGAAGAGUGGAAAGGGUACGAGUGGGCUAUUGAAUUGACUCAGAAUGACAAAGCGGGCUAUGGAGGACCUCUGGGGACGAUCAAAGGUGCCGGCUGGGUUACCGAGAUGAUCGCCAGACUCAACAACACCUACCCAACCCAAGUAGCCUCCAUAAACUCCACCCUCUCCUCCUCCCCUUCCACCUUCCCCCUCGAAUCUCCCAUCUACCUCGACUUUGGACACGACACCACCCUCGAGAGUAUCAUCACUGCCAUGGGGCUCUUAAGGCCUGAGGAGGCGUAUAGUGGGAAUAUCACGUUGGAGGAGAUUGAUGAGGGGAGGAGGUGGAAGAGCUCGGUGAUGGCGCCGAUGGGGGCGAGGUUGGUCGUUGAGCGGAUGUCUUGUUCUGGAAGCUCUGCGGGUGGAACGUAUGUCAAGAUGAUACUCAACGACGCUACACUCCCGCUCAAAGACCUUGACGCUUGUGCGACCUCAUGGGGGGCUGAUCAGGGUCUGUGUGGCCUCGAAGCGUUUAUCGAGAGUCAGGCGUAUGCGCUGGCUGGUGCUGGAUUUUCUAAUUGCUCUAAUAGUGAGUAA